AUGUUUCGUCGCCACUGGUCGGGCCUCCCCAAGGACCCUGUGUUCCCUGCCGACCUCAAAGGCCUCGGAUACUUCGUCAACGCCCAGGACGAGGUUCGAUCGAUUGCGGACCCGCACUUCUAUUUCAAGUUCUUCCUGAACCGUCACCCGCGUAUCAACUUUCGCCAGCGCUUCAGGUUUGAUCAAGCACUGGAGCGCCUCGUCCAUGAGCGCCUCGAGAAGCAGGGGCUCCAGAAGGUCGCCUUGCCGCUGGGAUCGGCGCCACAGGAUCGCCAUGUCCCUGUUUUCGUGAGUCCCGACCUCAUGUCCAGGGCUCGCGUCGUCGUCAUCUUCGGCGAGCCCUCGCAGGAUCUCGGUGUCCUGGCCGGCCGCGUGCUCAGCGGCCCUGGCGGCAUCGACAAAGGCAGCAUGGUCUCGGUUGUGCAGGCUCUCCAGGCGCAAGCCUCUUCGGGAACCGACUCCUCGCCCCCUGGCGUCGUCCUCGCAAACACAGGCCAGCUGUACUGGUGGCCGGAGGGCAAACGCGGCCUCACAGUCACCUCUAGUGCCAACAUUCCCCUGCCGAGCAUGGUCCACCUCGGCAGGCAGCAUGUGCCUGCCCUGAACUCGAUCCCUCAGAACGAGGAUCCGGCAAGCCACGUCAACUAUGUCUUCAGAGAGGUCAUUGGGGGCUUGGCCAAGCAGGAUGCCAUCAUCAGCCUCGUUGCCAUCGGAGGAUCUUGCGAGCUUGUGACCAAGUUUCUGGACAACGAGGUGAACUGGGCGGCUUGGGGAGACAGGCUGAGUUCCAUGCUUUUGCUUGGACAUGUCUACCCCGACGACGGCCUGAAGACACCAGCCUUCAAGGAGUUUCUUACGAAGCGCACCCGGGCGUACGUCACUUCGAACCUACCCCUCGACACAGCGCUCGCUCCGCCGACCGGCAACGCACACCAGGGUAUCCCCAACCUUGGAUGCCCGUGCUACUCCUCGUCGGAACCGUUGUACGACGAGGUCAUCCUUAUCCGCGCCCUCGAGUCAGCACUGCGCUACGCCGAAGACGCCGCCACGACGUCCGGGUUCGAGAACCCGCCUGUCGAGAUCGUCGUCACCGACGAGCCGGAGGAGCGCGAGUUCACUGACGAAGACUGGGCAAAGGUGCCAGAAGAUCAGAAGCCUUGGGUGUCUUCGACGUCCUUUGUCUAA